GAGCAGAGCAAAAAGCAACCCCCCCGCUUCCCCCCACCUCCAGGGGCUGCUCACCCCCCCCCACACACACACACACCCCCGGCCCGGGCUGGGGCUGCUCCAGGCCGGGCUAGCGCUGAGCUCAGCCUCCUGGCAUCCACGCGGGUCCGGGGCGGGGGCGGGGAGGGGAUAUAAACCCAGGGCCCCCGCCCCCAGCCUGGCCUCUGCGGGACAGCAACAAGUGCGCACGGCUGGGACAGCAUGGAAGUGCUGACAGGGAGCCGCUGCUCGUUCUGGUGCAUUGGGUCAGGACAAUGGGAUCUCUGGUGCUUGCCUGGAGUGGAUCGAGCCAACCCGCUGUCUUCCGCCUCCUCGCCCUCGUCCCUCUCCCAGCAAGAGGUAGCCACCAAGAUCAAGCAGACACACAGCCUGGCGGUGCUUCUGAAGCAUCGCUCUGAACAGCUGUUGGCAGAAUAUGUGCGUCAACAAGGAGAGCCAUUCAGCAGUCCAGAUUUCCAACCCCCUGCCAUGGCAGUCCCCGGGCUGACCUCGCCCUCUGUCCCCCCCGAGGCCUGGCUGGCACUGAGCAAUGAGAAAAGGCUCUGGCACCUUGCCGUGGCUUAUGCCACCCUGCCCGGACUCCUGGGUUCCGUGUGGCGGCAGCAGGCCGACCUCAACCCUUUGGCUUCAGAGCUGCACCGGCAGCUGGAGGCCGCGGCCCGUCAGUGCCGGGGGCUGGCUGGGAACUUGGAGGGGAUCAUGGGCGCCUUGGGGGUGUCAGGCCCCCCGCCUCCUUCCUCCAGCCUGGGUGGCCCUGCCACCAGCGCCUUCCUGGCUAAGCUGAGCGGGUACCACGUGUGCCGGCUGCAUCGGGACUGGGCCAGGCGGAGCCACGAGGCGCUGGGGCUUCUCCACACCAAGUACCCGCUGUGAGUGCCCCCAUCCUCCCCUCUGCCCCCCAGCAACCCCUGCCCCCCCACCUGUCUCCCCUGGGAACUCUUGGCUCCUGACCCCCAGAUAUCCCCUGCCCCUGUCACCCUCCAGGUCCUGCCCCCCAUCUGCCGCUCAGAUAAUCCCUGCCUCUCACACAAACCCCCCUUGCAUCUGCCCCCAAGUACCCCUGCCCCAACCAUUCCCCAAGAAACCUCCUGCUCCCCCAUCUGCCCCCCCCAACCCUCUGCCCCUACUGCUCCAACCUCUGACUCUCACAGCUUCUCCUCUCCACCCCUCACUGCAAACUCCUUGGGGGUCUCCCUUCCCCCAACUCCUGCCCUGGUUGCGGGGAGGGGAUCCCACAUACACACACUUCCCCGAAGGGGUCCUGCCCUGCUGAACUCUGGCGGGGGAUCGUCCCCAACUCCUCCCUCCCUGUCAAUACAGACAUUUCCCCCCUGGUUUAUGCAGAGGGGUUAGGAGGAGUCCCCUCUGCCCCCCACUAUAGUGGGGGACCCCCACUCAUAUAUGUGGAGGUGAUGGGAGGGCCUUUGACCCCCCCCUCCACCCCCAUCCCCCAAAAAACUGUAGUUCAUACUGUGGUAUGUUCUUACCAGAAAACACAGUGUAAUUAUUAUUAAUAAUUAAUAAAGUAUUUUUAGUAGAA